CCAACGUGCCCGUAUCGUGCCACAAAAUAAAAGGAUUGCAAGCAUUUUCUGAAUUAACUGGAUAUAUAUAGGUAAUAAAACCACAAUGUCGUUUGCGGCUAGACUCCUGCGACUCACCACCAGCAAUGCCAAUGUUUUACAACGUUAUGCAAUCAAAUCCAACGGUUAUCACAGAACCAUUGCCGCUGCACCCCAGACCAUAAACUUCAAUAAACGUUACAUGUGUUCUGAGCCUUCUACUGCUCAAAAGGUCCGUCAAACUGAAAAGACUAUUGGUACUGCAGACAAACAUGAAUUUCAGGCUGAAACCCGAAUGCUCCUGGAUAUUGUGGCACGCUCAUUGUAUUCCGAAAAUGAAGUUUUUGUUAGAGAGUUAAUUUCUAACGCUAGUGAUGCUUUGGAAAAGUUUCGAUACACGAUUCAUACAGCCGGCGAAACAGAAAAAGAUUAUGAGGGCACAGAUCGUUCUAUGGAAAUAAGAAUUGCCACCGAUAAGACAAACAGGCAAUUGAUCAUCCAAGAUACUGGUAUUGGUAUGACAAAGGAGGAGCUUAUUAAUAAUUUGGGAACAAUCGCUCGCAGUGGUUCAAAGAAAUUUCUGGAGCAAAUUCGUGAGAAGGGCACAACGGCUGAAAACUCCUCAAACAUUAUUGGCCAAUUCGGUGUGGGAUUCUAUUCUGCCUUUAUGGUGGCUGACAAAGUUGAGGUAUUCACACGGUCAUCUAAAUUAAAUUCUCCCGGUCUUUGCUGGUCCAGCGACGGUUCUGGUAGCUAUGAAAUUCAGGAGGCUGAGGGUGUAGAGUUGGGCACAAAAAUAGUAAUUCAUCUCAAGCCAGAAUGCCGGGAAUAUGCUGAUGAGGAUCGUAUAAUGGCUGUAAUAAAGAAAUACAGCAACUUUGUAGGUUCUCCAAUAUUGUUAAACGGUCAGAAGGCAAAUGAUAUUCAACCUGUGUGGUUGAUGGAGCCGAAAGAUGUUACAAAAGAACAACACGACGAAUUUUACCGCUUCAUUGGAAAUACUUUUGACACACCCCGUUUCAUUUUACAUUACAAGACCGAUGUACCCCUAAGCAUCAGGGCUUUAUUGUACUUCCCCGAAGGUAAACCGGGUUUAUUUGAAAUGACUCGCGACGGUUCUGCUGGUGUUUCCCUGUACACACGUAAAAUACUCAUUCAAUCAAAAACCGAAAAUUUAGUACCAAAGUGGCUAAGAUUUGUCAAAGGUGUUGUCGAUUCCGAAGAUAUUCCUCUCAAUCUGAGCAGAGAGCUUCUUCAAAAUGGAGCUCUUAUAAAAAAACUUUCAAGCGUACUGACCACCAGAAUUAUACGGUUCCUCAUUGAAAGAUCGAAUAAGCAACCCGCCGAAUACGAAGCUUUCUACAAAGAUUAUGGACUAUUUCUUAAAGAGGGUAUUGUAACUUCGUAUGAUCAGAAUGAAAAAGAAGACAUCGCCAAGUUGUUGCGUUUUGAAUCUUCGAAAUGCAAGGAAGGACAACGCAUUUCGCUGGAAGAAUAUACCAAAAAUGUUGGUGAACAAAAAGACAUUUACUACUUGGCUGCACCAAACCGUGUUCUAGCCGAAUCUUCUCCUUACUUUGAGAAUUUAAAGAAACGUGAUAUUGAAGUUCUGUUUUGUUAUGAACCAUAUGACGAGCUUGUACUCAUGCAAUUGGGAAUGUUCAAAAGCAAAAAUCUAGUCUCCGUGGAAAAAGAAAUGAGAAAUGAUAGUGGUGCCGAGGCAACAAUUGAAUAUGGUGAGGAUAGUUUACUAAGAUCUCAAGUUGACGAACUUUUGCCAUGGAUCAAGGACAAGCUGAAAGGAAAGGUGGCAAAUGUAAAAGUUACCACAAGGCUGGAUAGCCAUCCAUGCGUAGUCACCGUAGAAGAAAUGGCAGCAGCACGCCACUUUAUCAAAACUCAAAGUCAUCAAUUGCCCGAGGAGAAUCGUUAUGCCUUACUACAGCCUCAGCUGGAAAUUAAUCCAAAGCAUGAAAUCGUGAAGAAAUUAUUUGCACUAAAAUCCAGCGAUCAGGAACUAGCCGAAUUGUUGGUUCAACAAUUAUUUAUAAAUGCCAUGGUAGGCGCUGGACUGGCAGAAGAUCCCCGUACACUUUUGACAACAAUGAACGCCCUGCUAACCAAAGCUUUGGAAAAAUGUUAAAUUUAUGUUUAAUUUGUUGUUAGUUUAUAGUAAAUAAAUAGCUACAUCUAAGUAAUGAACGUGUUUAGAUUUCUAAUUAUAACAGAAAAUAAAGACAAACUGGUUUUUCGAUAA